AAAUGAUGAUUCAAGUUUCUGAACGUUAUCACAAACAAGUCGGGUCACUUCGUUUCGCAUCGAAGCACUCCUAGCCUAGCUUUACAACACUAGUGCAAAACGAAACGUUGCUAGAAUAUGACGGGUCUCAUGUUCUGCGGGGAGAUGUUAUGACGUGCAGCAACUGUCUUUGUUUCAACAACAUUCGUAUAGUUUUCGAGAAGAUUGUUAGUUAAAAUGUUGUGAUAGAUCGUAUUUAGUAUGAUGUGAUACGCCGUGGUAUUGCGACAUGAAUUUUCCCAAAGCAUGACCGUGCCAAUAGGAGUUAUUAGCAUAGUUAGGAAUUCGUAUUGGUUAAGUUGUGUGAAUGUUGUGCCAAUAAUGAGAUAGUGGAGUGUUGUGAUGUGGUUCGGGGACAUGCGGGGGGUUGUGUGGAUGGCGUGGGUGGCCGCGGCGGUGGCAGCAGUGGCCGCGACUCCCCUGGAGCCCGAGUUGCCCGUCCCGCGAGGGGUGAAACUAUCACCGUUCGUGCGGCAUUGGCAGCCGGCGGCAUACGAGCGCGUGCGGCGGCGGCGCUCGGCGUCGCCCGCGCACGCGCCCAAACUGCCCAGCACCCUGCGCCUUUCCUUCCGCGCACAUGACAGGGACUUCACGCUGCUCCUGAAGCCGGACACGAGCUCGGUGUUCGCGGAGGGCGCGCAGUUCCACUCGUCGGCCGGCCCGCUCGACUACACGGCGCAGGUCUACACGGGCAAGCUGGAAGAUGAUGACACGUCGGAGGUGUACGGCGUGAUCACGGCGGACGGGCUGUUCGACGGCACCAUCUGGACGGCCACCGAGGAGUACUAUGUGGAGCCUCUCUCCCGCUACGACGCCUCGCACCCCUCCAUGCACAGCGUGGUGUACCGCCGCUCCGACGUCGACCACCCCAACGACGGCCAGCCCGCGCCCUGCGCCUCGCACCAACUACACCUCAAAAGACUACACGGAAGCCAAGCGGAACUAUUCAACCUAACGCUAGAUGACCCACUCAACAACACAGAAGACUUAAACAAAGAAAUACAUAGACGCAAAAAACGAUGGCUUCCAGAAGACGAGAUGCAGGACGACGAACCUAAGAAAAAUCCCGAAUUACCAUUAGACUUAGACUUUCCUUAUACUAGUAACAGCGAUUUCGAAAAAUUAAGUACGAGAAAGCCGAAAAUUAAAAUCGAUAAAAGUAACCUCAUUACUAAAGUCCGGCUCGAUUCUGAGGAAACGAGACCGUCGAAGCCAAAGACGCACGUCGAAGUGAUAAAGACGAAAGCCGGGGUCGUAACCGUUAGUAAGGAUAUUGUUAAGAAGGAGCCCGUAGGAUAUACAGUCUUGAGUGGAAACGGAAGUGACGACGGUAGACAUGUCAACAAAAGAGCAACCGUCGACCCGAGGAAGACCACCUGUCUAGUCUACUUGCAAGCCGAUCACAUGUUCUAUCAAAGAUAUGGAUCUGAAGAAGCUUGUAUAGAAGUCAUGACUCGCCAUGUACAGAAAGUCAACGCUAUUUAUAAAGUUACAGACUUCAACCAAGAUGGCAAGCCAGACAACAUCACGUUCAUGAUCAAACGGAUAAAGGUACACACGCUAGACGCUAUGAAGGACCCCGCCUACAGGUUUCCCAACAACUAUGGUGUUGAGAAAUACUUGGAGCUUUUCUCAGAGGAAGACUACGACGCAUUUUGUUUAGCGUACAUGUUCACGUACCGAGACUUUGAAAUGGGUACAUUGGGUCUAGCGUGGACUGGUGACCUUAAAAACGCAGGCGGAGUCUGUGAAAAGAAUGGGCAUUACCGGGGCAGCAUGAAGUCCCUAAACACAGGCAUAGUGACAUUGCUGAACUACGGCAAGCACGUGCCGCCGGCCGUCUCGCACGUCACGCUCGCGCACGAGAUUGGACACAACUUCGGUUCGCCGCACGACCCAGAGGUGUGUACCCCAUUCGGGGAAGACGGGAACUACAUAAUGUUCGCUCGAGCGACCAGCGGCGACCGCAAGAACAACAAUAAGUUCUCGCCGUGCUCGCUCAGGGCGAUAGAUCCCGUGCUGAACAACAAGGCACGGUCGCCUAAAGGAUGUUUCACAGAACCUCAACCAGCGAUCUGCGGCAACGGCGUCGUGGAAGAGGGCGAGGAGUGCGACUGCGGCUGGGCCUCGGAGUGUACUGACGUGUGCUGCCGGCCUCAAGCGGCCAGGCCUCAUUACAAACCCUGCACACUUACAGAGCAUAGCGUGUGCAGUCCUAGUCAGGGUCCAUGCUGCACGGCCUCAUGCACACUGAAGUUCGGCGACAAAUGUCGCUCCGACAACGGGUGUCGCGACGCGGCACAUUGCGACGGGAAACGCGCCGCCUGCCCGGCGAGCAGACACAAGGCGAACAAGACGCGCUGCGACAAGGAGCUGGUCUGCUUCAUGGGGGAGUGUACAGGCUCUAUCUGCCUGGCCUACGGCCUGGAGUCGUGCCAAUGCGCGCCGCGCAAAGACGACCCGCGCUCGGCGUGCGAGCUGUGCUGCCGCAAGCCCGGCGGCCCGUGCAUCUCGUCCUUCCAUUGGAACGCGGCGCCGUUCGACGUGCCCGACAUGUACGCUAAACCGGGCACGCCGUGCAAUGACUAUAACGGGUACUGCGACGUGUUCCAACGCUGUCGCGAAGUAGACCCGUCGGGUCCGUUGGCCACUCUGCGGAAGCUCCUGCUGUCAGAUGAGAGCAUCGCCGGCUUCAAGCGCUGGGUGCUCCGCCACUGGUACGCCGUGCUGCUCAUCCUGCUGGCAGUCGUCGCUUUGUUGGUGGCCAGCACGCGCUUCCUAGGCCGCCACGGCAAGAAGCUGAAGUCGGUGACCAUCAUCCACUCGUCCACCACCGAAACCGUCCGUCUGCCGGAUGCUGCCGACCCUAACGGGGGGCUGAUCGUCCACACGGCUGUCAGAUCAAAACUUCCUCUAAAGAAAAAAGUUGCCCUCCGCACAAAAGCUUACCGCAAUAAAAAGGAACAUAAAAAUAAGCAAGGAGAUAAGGCAUCUCCGGCACACGCCGCCAAAAAGAGGAAUCCAAGUCAUCCAGCGAAACCGGACGACCCCGCCAAAGUACAGAAGGAAAGUGCCGUAGUGGUGACGAAUGCGGAGGGGAAGUCUCCGAAACAUGUCCUCCUGUCAAAACAUAAAGCAAAAAUAAAGAAACGAAAAUCCAAAAUCAAGAAAGAAACCAUCGACUACAGUUCAAUGCAGAAACAUCCAUCCACCCCCACUAAAGAUACGGAAGCUUUAACGAAAGUUCAGAAGUGGCUUCUGAGCUCGCCACAACCUACUGCCAUUCCUAAAUCUAAGUCUAUACCCCUAGGACUCACCGAGCGAACGCAUCGACAAGUACAAAAGGGCACACGAAAAACGAGACCGUCCAAGAGCGCCACCAAUCUGCUGUCCGGCGAGAAAGCUCGCCUGCAGGUCGUCUUCAAACCGCCGUUCAGAUUCAGCGUGAAAAUCUGCAAGAGCGAUAAAACCAAAGUCGUCCUCGACAAAUCUUCCAAACCCGACCUCGACAGAAAACGCCAGGAGGCGACCCCACAUACGACUUCCGGCGCGGACCACGCCAAAUCGAAUCCUUCCCAAGGUAAACUUCUAAAACAUUCCAAUUCCACUAAAAAUGAGGUAGACACUGCCGCCCCGACAUGUCCGAAACCGGCGGAUAGGCCACAAAAACAGGAGAGUCACGGAUACGCGAAUCUACUGCCCCGAAGCGCGAGCGACUGCAAACUAAUGAAGAACGGCCCCGAAGCGAAAAAUCCGGGGCACAAAAAGAGCAACUCGGUCGGGCAGCGGAAGGAGACGACCGAGAGCCGGCAGAACCUCAUCACGCACGAGGACGACGGCGCGCACGUGUACGAGAACGUGGCGCACGACGCGCUCGCGCCGCGCAGCUGCAGCAUGCCGCGCCGCCAGCCCGCCGCCAUCAUGCGCCAGGCCAGCCACGGCCAUCUGCCGCGCGUGCAGCCCCCGCUGGCCCGCCCGCAGCGGCACAGCUCCUCCCGCCACAACAGCACCGGCGAGCUCGACCACUUGUACAACACCAUCGACACGCUCCGCCGCAGCCCCGACACCGACACCGCCAGCUCCGCCGGCAGCCGGCGCCGGACCGAGCGCCAGAACAGCCUAGGCGACAAGCGGAGCCCCGAGGCGACGAAGCUCAAGCGGCAGAUGAGCGAGAACGAGCUCGGGCGGCCCGACCUCCGCGGCUUCCGGCUCGUCGUCGGCAAGGACAAGCUGAAGCGGCAGUCGAGCGCCAACGAGCUGUGCGGGUCGCGCGUGCAGCUCGCCAUGCCCAUGUCGGCGGGCGCGGAGCCGCGGCCGCAGUUCUGCUGGAACAAGCGCGCCAGCCUGGACGGCGAGGCGGCGGGCGCGCGCGCGAGGCACAAGCGCUACACGUUCGGCGACCUCAAGCACACGGUGCCCGACGCCAAGCCCAGGGGGGACGUCUCCGACGAGGACUUCUUGAAAAUCAUUGACAAUUAAGUGAAGUGAAAUAUUUGUGGCGCGGUGCAGCUAUUUUUAAAUGUACGUACGGACGAACUAUCGACGUGCAGUCCGGCUAAGAAAGUUGUAUUCAC